AUGGCUACCUCCAAGCUCCCUUUGAAUGAAGAUCACGAGCUGCGAAACCUUGGUAGCCAAGAGUCCGAUGCGUCUGAGUUACAGCAGUACUGCCAAUAUCUAAAGCAGAAGUUUGGAAUCCUUUCUAGUUCAGCCUCGUAUUACAAUCAGCUCGAAAAUUCCCUUCGUGGCAGUGGACGAUCUGGGUUUCAAGAUGUCAAAUGCGUGGAAUUGACUCCUCUGAAUGGAAAAGGUUCAGACAUCACUUCAGCUAUUUGCCCAGUGCGCUUCGGAAGUCCCAACAAUGAUCCUAAGGUGUGCAUCCUUGAAGGGUUCCCUUCUCCGGGGUGUCUCGCCGCCCUCGCCAAUCGAUAUGAUGUGCGACCAGAGUUGUUUAUCGGCCAUCUCGGCCCUCAGCAAUGUCAAUCCUACGGAUCCAGAUGGCACACUCUACCCACCGUUCCUACCCGUCGUCAGAACAUUGUACAUAUUCACAUGGUCAGCCUCGGGCGUUUCACUACCACUAAGGUGCGGAUCAAUACAGAGGAAAAACUUCUCAAGAGGCGGGCUAUUGUUGAUCAGGCAAUCCAUGCCUACCAGCAACGCCUUUUUGAGCAGAAGCGCUUUGCAGUCGAUUAUAAUGCCCCCGCGUUCGAUCGGAGGACCUCAGAACGGCUCUCAGAGAUCCAGUUUGGCACCGCCCCACAAACUUUCCAUCCAAUCAUUGACAUGAUGAGAGUUCUAGCGCCAGAAGUUAGCCUGCUUCGCCUCGACCCCCUUUACCUUCUAUUACGUCUCCUCCAGGCGGCUUCAUUAUCUUUGGCAGAGGUACUCAAUGUAAUGGAACAAGAUAUAGAAAGAUGCCACAGUUUUCCCACGGAGCAAUCUGUGGAGAGUCUUAAGCGACUCCAGUUCAACAUUAGCCUCAUCGAUCGAUUCACGGGCUUUCUAAACACCAACCUCGAAGUCGUUAAAACCCGUGGCUGGAUCUUAGGACCAGACGCUUCCCCUCGAAUGAAUGAGUUACGAACUGCCUUGCAAGUGGAUUACGAAUAUUUACUUUCCCGCGGCACUACGCUAAUGAAAAGAUGUGAGGUUGGUAGCGGGAUAGUAGUGAGCACCACUGGGGUUCUUGAAUCACAGAAGUCAAUUGCACAAUCGGAACGCGUGCAUCAGCUCACAGCACUUGGAUUAUUUUUCAUACCAGCACAAUUCGUAGCAAGUCUCUUCGGUAUGAAUGUCAAAGAAUUGACGGGGUACCCGGGAAUUUGGACAUACUUCGCUACAGCUGUACCACUCACCAUUUUAUCGUUCUGGGCUACCUCCAAAGCCUUUCAGCCACACAUCGGGAUUCCUCCUCUUCGCUAUGGAUUUCGACGUUCUUUUCCCGCUCGGAGGACUGCGCUGACCAAUGUGUGA